CACCGGUGUGUAUCUUAUAUCUUUUGUUCACCAUCACCAUCUGCCUCAAGGCAGUUUACAAUUACCCUAGUUUAUGUGUAACUCUUCAUUUGGUAGCCAACAAUGGAGGCUGUAGAAGAGAGCCACAACCCUAAAAUGGAUCCUCCCUGUUCCUCUUCCGCCUGCAAUCCUCCUGAACCUCCCCUCUCCAAGAAUGCCCGGAAGAAGCUUCUGAAGCAACAACGUUACGAAGCGAAGAAAGCGGACAAGAAACUUCAGGCUAAAGAGCAGAAGAAAAAAGACAUCGAGCGCAAACGGAAGGAAUGGGAAGAGAAACUGGCCAGUGUUACGGAGGAGGAAAGAGCCAAACUGAUCGAGUCUCGGAGAAAUCUGAGGAAGGAGAGGAUGGGGAAGAGGUCGGAGGACAGGGAGAAGAAAAUUGAGAGACUCAGCACCGCCAGAGAUUAUGGCCAAAAUAUUGUCAUAGACCUUGAAUUUUCUCACCUCAUGACCCCUUGGGAGAUUCACAGUCUUGUUCAGCAGAUAAUGUAUUGUUAUGCUGUGAAUGGAAGAUGUCCUUCUCCUUGUCAUCUCUGGUUGACUGGGUGUAAUGGAGAAAUGGAAACCCAACUGCAAAGGCUUCCAGGAUUUGAUAAAUGGAUCAUUGAGAAGGAAUGUAGAUCAUACAUAGAUGCUUUGCAAGAGCAGAAGGAAAAUCUGGUAUAUCUUACAGCAGACUCGGAAACUGUGCUUGAUGACCUCGAUCUAAAGAAAAUUUAUAUCGUUGGUGGGUUAGUUGAUCGUAACAGAUGGAAAGGGAUUACCAUGAAGAAAGCACAAGAACAGGAAAUUCAAACAGCAAAACUCCCAAUAGGAAGUUACUUGAAGAUGUCUAGCUCUCAGGUCCUUACUGUGAACCAAGUCAUAGAGAUUCUACUCAAGUAUUUGGAAACAAGAGAUUGGAAGGAUUCUUUCUUUGAGGUUGUUCCUCAAAGAAAAAGAUGUGGAGGUGAUUCAAACAGUGACCAUCCAGUAGAUGGGGAAGAAAAUGGAGAUGGAGACAACAAGAACGAGACGAAGAAGACCAAGUGUGAUGAAGUAUCUUCCAGUGACAAUAAUUUGUAAUGGCUUUGACCAAUUGUGAAUCAAGUCAUAGAGAUUCUAUUUAAGUAUCUUAUAUUUUUUUGGUAGGAUUAUUUCUGUGUUAAAAGGAUUCUGAUUUUUCAUAUUUGACUAGCAACGUUGAGUGUAAAGGAAGACAAUUUUUUGUAAAAGUUGAGUUGAAGAGCCUACUUCUUUACGGAUGAAAAAUAAAUAAAUAAAUAAUGCCUAA